AUCAAUGAGACAAAGAGCUGGCAAGAUGCUCAGAGCUACUGCAGAGAACAUUACACAGACUUGGCCAGUGUGAGGAAGCAGACUGAGAACCAAGAGGUCUGGAAAUUUAGAAACCAUUCAAUCACUGAAUUUGUUUGGAUUGGCCUGUUUAAUGACACCUGGAAGUGGUCAGAUCAGAGUAACUGCUCAUUCAGAUACUGGCCAUCUAACCAGCCAUUUAGUCUGGAUUGGACUGAGAACUGUACUGCAGUGUCUAUGACUGACCAGGGUCUCUGGCAUGAUGUGAACUGUUCAACACAAAACCCUUUCAUCUGUCAUGAGAAUAAGCUGAUCUUGAUCAAUGAGACUCUGACCUGGAGAGAAGCUCUGAGAUACUGCAGAGUGAAUCAUGUGGAUCUGGUCUCAGUUCACUCUGAGGAGAUCCAGCUCUGGGUGAAGGAGGUGGCACAGAAAGCCUCCACUGAACAUGUGUGGCUGGGUCUGCGUCACACCUGCACCCUCAGCUUCUGGUUCUGGGUGAGUGGAGAGUCUAUCUGCUACCAGAACUGGGCUCCAGGUAACGGGACAGGAGGAGAAGACUGCAGCCCUGUAGAGAGAACUGGAGUGGUGCAGUCUAGAGGAGGUCAGCAGUGGGUCAGCCUGCCUGAGGACCACAAACUCAACUUCAUCUGCAUUACCUAUGAAGGUUAGUUACUGUGUGUGAGUGUUACUGGAAUAUUUAGGUAGAUGCAUUUGUAACCCCUAUUUUUUUGUCUUUCUCUU